GUUCACGGUUCCUUAGCACGAGCCGGUAAGGUCCGAUCUCAAACUCCUAAAGUUGAAAAGCAGGAGAAGACAAAGAAGAGGCUGCAAGGCCGGGCCAAGAAACGUAUCUUGUUCAACCGUCGAUUCAAUGUUACAACACAACACGGUGGCAAGCGCAAAAUGUCAGUCUCACCCAUUCCGAUCCCUCUUCAUUUUGGUUUCUUCUCGUUGACCAACAUAUCUUAUUCACUUUUCUGUUUAUAG